ACUUUCACUUUCGAUUGUUCCAUUCUAGUUGCGUUUACAUUUUCACCCCCCCAACCCCCUCUUUUUUUUGGAUGCCGAUGCGAGGGGUAGAUGCACAGCAGCAGAGUUUAAAAUGGAUAGAACCAUCCAGGUGUCUGCUCUACCCACACGUAUCUCAAAACAGAGCCUUGAAGACAAACUUAUGAUUCAUUUCUUACGAUCCAAGAAUGGAGGAGGCGAGAUAAUCGACAUACUGUUCCCAUCUGAGUCAGCAGCGUCUGCUCUCAUUAUCUUUGAAGAGGCAGAAGUGGCUCAACGGAUUCUCCGAGUUGGAAAUCACGUUCUUGAAAUUAAUGGGAAGCAUCAUAAACUAAAAGUAGAACCUGCUUGUACUGAGAUCAAAGUUGAUCAGGUCAUCUGCCAUGUUUCUAUGACAAUAGAUUAUGGAAAACUUCUAGGAGGAAAAAGAUUAAUGAGCCAUUUUCAGAAGACACACAGAGAUAUCCACUUUAACUUUGAUCAGAAAGCAGAACAGUGCAACGUUUCUGGAACGUUUUCAGCCAUACAGGAACUGAGUGGAGGAAUUCAUCAUUUGCUCAAUUUAAAUCCCAACCAAACCAACAGUGACUCUUAUGAAAAUGAGCAGCGCCAUCACAAUAGCUCACAAAGCAGUACUUUAGGUAGGUCAAACAGCAUUAAAAAAGCUGCUCGGAAAUCAAAUGCAGACUCCAGUGCCAAGGGGGAGCAUCUAGAAUUGCAAGGAUUUGCGCAUGGUGGUGUUGGAAGAGACGCCGACCUGCAACAAGGCAGUGAGAUACAGACGAGGAAUUUUGAAGAUUACAUUUUAUUGAUGGAUUCUGAUAUUUAUGGGUAUAUUCAGAAAUUUUGUAAAGACAGGUAUCAAAAUAUUCUGCAUCAGCACCCUGUGAAGAUGUUGGAUUUUACCAAUGAAGACAUCACCACCUUAAUUUUACAAGAGUCUUCUGAUUGUCCAGACAGCAAAGCAUCACUGUUCCAAGCACAUCAAGAACUUUCUAAACUCUACCAGGACUUUGAGUUCAGGCUCCGCAAGGAACAGAUUGACAAGAAAGAUAUAGCUUCUGAUAUCACUGUCCUACAGAAUAUCUAUGCAAGCCUUCAGGUGCAGUUCCCCAAAAUAAAUUUCAGUGAAAACAUAAACAAUUUUUACCUAAUAGGCACUUCAGAUGAUUGCUCUCUAGCUAAGAAAUAUCUACAGGAUUUAAAGGAAGAACUGGCAGCAAGAUCUCAAAAAGGAAAACAUCCAGCUUCAAGAAGAGACUCUGAAAGUCGUCGGGCUAGUAUCAGUAGUAUACCUCAGCCCCUGCAAGAAUUUGAUGGCAGUGAAUUUUUAGGAGUCUCAAAGGCAGAUGCCAGAAAAGAUCACAAAUUGGCUCCAACCUUCAGCGGUCUACAGGAAAAAGUCAGUCCUUUGCAGGCAGGGAGGAGACUAGCUGAAAGCGAUUGGAUUCCACAUGCAGCUGAUAACUUAAUGACAGGCCUUAGUGUUGAGACUAGUCCACAGGAUACCGAGUAUCAGUUGAAUUCAGAAAUGCAGCAAAAAGCCAGGCACCAUAUGAUUGACAAUGAGAUGUUUACUUCUGCUGACAGAGCAUUAACUGGUGGAAGAGGGGAGUCUGUUGUACCCAACAAAACUAGGGAAGACUCUCUUAAGACGUGCAAAGACUUUUCUGUAUUAAGUGGUCAGUCCAACGAAUUUAAAAGUCCUGACAAAAUAGAUGAUGACAUUCUGUUCAAGGGACACGAAGACUCUUCAAUUGUUGGUACAAAUAAAGGAGACAAUUUUUUCCAAUAUGCCAAAAGUAACAAAUCACAUGGUCCUAUCAAGCCAUAUCACUUUGAAACAUCAGCAGGUACCCUCUUUCACCAGGGAGACCUACUAGGCAACAUACAGACACUCCAGUCUGUGACUCCUCCCAAAGGUUCAGAAGGUCGUCCAGCCAAACCAUCACUGAGAAGAACCAGCAGCUUUUCUGAAUAUUUAAAAUCAAAGCAUUCCAGAGAAGUUAGCAACAGUUUCCAGGGAGUACCCAAAAUCAAUCCUGUUGAACAAGUGCACAUUACUCAAGAGUUUCCAAUAGAGUCAGUUGUAUGGUCUUACCUGAAGGACAUCUAUGAUUCUUCCAUUAGAAGCAUUGGUACCAAAACUGAAGUUGUGAUGAAUGAACAGAUUCAGGGAGAUAUAACAGUCUUAAAAUUAACAGCAUUUAAUAAAGCCAAUAUCACAGCUGCCAAGCAGGACAUUUUGUCACUUUAUACAUUGGUAAUGAAACAUUUGGUUCAACAAUUCCUUCCAUACACAGACCUCGGCAUUGAGGACUACAGUCAGAAAGCAGUGGAGCAGUGGUACAACUGUCUGAAAAAUAAGUUUCCAGAAGUAAAAUUCAUUAUGGCACAGACAGGUUUCAAAAUUAUUGCCACAUAUGAACAUUGCACGAAAGUAAUAGAAACCUUUAAGUCCAAGUUAAAGGGUCCAUUUUCCUCAACAGAUAUAGUGUCCAUCUCAGCUUCUAAUCCAUGCUCAUUCAUUGGCACAGAAACCUUCAAAGGUACAGAGGGAAAGGACCUUAGCGAAUUUACAGCACAUUCUUCAUCAUUGAAGCAGGAUUGUCAUGGUGGUAGGAAGCCAAAUGGCUUUGAGACUCCAGUACACCUCGUGGAUGAGACCAGUCCAAAAAAAGGUGCAAAAACAAAAGAGCAUCUUGUAUUUCAGACGGAUCGAGUGUUUACUGAAGCUAUAGGUCACAGGAAGGGAGCAGGAAAUCCCAAAAAGAAUUGUAAUUCUCAGCCAGACAUGGAAGAGGGGGAGAGUCCAAAGAAUCAGAAGUAUUCAAAUGAGAACGAUGGCCGUGCCUCAAAUUCAAGGCAGGAACACAAUCUACUUAUGGAUCAGAAGAAAUCACCAAAAGCUUUUGAUGAAUACAGUGGUUUGGGGUUUCAUGAUCAGGGUGAUUAUAAAAGUCAGAAGGUGAUCAGGCACAUUGGAGAUGGAGAGGGAGUCAAAGCAAAGAAGGCAUUGCCUGAUAAAUUCCAUUUUACAGCCAACAAGGUGGUGAAGGAAAGCCAUUGGUACACUAGAGAAGACAGCUUGCAUUGCAAUAAACAUGACAGUGGCGCACAGUCAUUACCAAUAUUUUCUUACACUAGUACAGCAGGGUCACAACUAAAUAGAGAUGGUCCACAUGCUUCUGAGUCAGCUACAAAUUCAGGAGACCAAUCACAAGAAAAAUAUUCGCAGCAGCAAGAUGAGAGCAAUUUGACAGUUUCACAAGAAAGGAAAACUUCGAGAAAUUCUCAGCAAAAUCAACCCAGAGGUCCAGCCAUAGGAUUGGAUGCACAAGAACUAAACAAAUCAGCCAAGUCUUGCAGUGGCUGUAAGAAAAGUGCUCGGUUAUUAAAGUUGGAUUGUGGUCAUGGUUCGUGUGAGGAGUGUUACACAAAUUUACAAUCAUUUUGCCCAGCAUGUAAUCAAAUGGUUCCCUCAAUUAGAAAUGAAAGCUGGUGUCUGGGUAGCAUGGAUUGGACAACUUUGAACAUUAGUUUAGAUGGAUUUUACAAAGACCUGACUUUGAAAAUAACCUAUAAGAUCCCUGAUGGUAUUCAAAGGGGAUGUGAUCCAAACCCAGGAGAAACAUUUACAGGAGGUUUGUUUAAAGCCUAUUUGCCGGACAAUUGUAAAGGAAAGAAGAUCUUAAAAUUGUUAAUAGAAGCCUUUAACAGAGGUCUGACCUUCAAAAUAGUAUCAGCUCCCUCAGGAUUGCCACAAGUGACAUGGAAUGACAUUCCUCAUAAAACAAAGAUAACUGGAGGAAGAUCUGAGCAUGGUUACCCAGACUCAAGUUAUCUGAAGAAUGUUUUGACAGCUUUGGAGAAACAUGGCCUUCAAUGAAGUCAUAAGUACAAUACCAAAAUCAGUGGAGGUGGCAUUAUUAAUGUACAUAUUCUAUUACAGGCUUAUUGCAUUCUGUUUUUUCUUUAAAUCUGCUAUUUAAGGAUAAUUGAGAUGUCAAGGAAAGCAAGUCUAACAUGUGGAGGAGAAAAGUUGUACAAAACAAAUGGCUUUUAUCCUGCUUUUUGCAGAGAUUGUUUAGGAUUCCCAAAUGCUGGAUUCAAAAGGAGUUAAACAUCAUUCCCAGUAGUUUAGACUGUGUUUUACACGGACAAUGACAAAUGACUAAUUUUACUGAGUUCUGAAAUUAAAUUUGUAAUAUAGCACUAUUCCCAAAAA